AGUGUUUGUAAGAAAUAUGAUGAUAAAAAUUAGGUGAGAAAGUUAAAGUAAUCAAUUUAGACUUCCUCCUCUUGAAUUUUCAGGACUGACACAUUUCUACCAAAACAUUUCUAGAAAGCUUUUUCUGAGAGUUUUACAGAGCUCCUGUUUGUUAUCUUAAUGUCCUCAUUACCUUACUCAUUUUACAAAAGGCCCAACUUUGCUACAUUUUGAUUGUAUAACUUGUGUCCAUUUUAUCUUUAUUUUUUUAUGCUGAAUCAUGUGCUGAGACCAACCAUUUCUGUAAUAGGACACUUUUUGAUUGAUGUAGUGGAGCUGUAUUCCUUUAUAGAGUUGAAUCCCUAAUCAGAUAUUCACAUCCUAAGUGCUUCACUGGAUCUCUCUGUUACUCUUAAAUGCACAGUCUUAAGUGAGUUCUGGUUUGCAAAGGUGGAAGUUUUAUGGCAGCCUGACAUUCYUUAUUCUCUCAAGGCUAAGAUCUACUUUUGCUAAACCACUCACAACUCAGAUGUGCCAGGCAGAGAACUUAGCGUCGACAAUUUGAUUAAUCUUCUUUGAAUUAUAGUGGUUUCAUGAAUCAAACUUCAGAAGGAGCSUCUUCUUUCCAAAUAAUAUUAGGAGGAUAGAAUAAUGCUUUUAAAGUAUCUCCCUUUUCAGUUUGGGAUUUCAACAUGCAAAUUCAGCAGAUGCCCAAAGCAAGCAGACAAUGGAAGCAUCACAAACAUUUAUUAAAAGCACUCCACUCUGCUUGGGUAACAUGGCAAGAGAAUGAAAAGGUGAAGGAGAAUCUAGUAGAGCUCUGCACAGCAGCAGAAUUAGCAAGUCAUGAGAUAUCACGUGGCUGUUCUCAGACUGAAAGGCUCUGUUGAUUCGAUUUAUUCAUCAGGGCUUUCCACUUGUGUAGGUUAUUAAGUGGGAGAAAGUGGGGUAUAUUACAACUUACUUUUAUAUUUCCUUUCCUGGAGGAUACCUAGCACCAGAGAAGCRGAGCAAGUUAUUGGAAGUAUCAUGCCACAUAAAUGGGAGAAUGAUAGGAAAAAGAGCAGCAGCUCUCUGAAGAUGGACCAAAAGAACAAUACUGGGAACAGGAAAUCAAGAAAGUUUCGCUCCAUUUCAAGAUCCCUUAUCCUCUGCAAUGCCAAAACCAGUGAUGAUGGGUCAAGUCCUGAUGAGAAAUGCCCUGAUCCUGUUGAGAGCUCUACCAGCUGGGGUCAAGAGGAUUUUGACUGCUGUCCCAGAACACAGCUGCCAUGCACAUCAGAGACAGARGACAGCCCACCUGAUCCUCCACGUGUGGUCACCAGCAUUCUCCAGUCCAAAGCUGCAGCAAAUGAGAACUGCAACAACAUGAGAAGGAAGGUCCUCUCCAAGGACAGCUGCAUCUGCAGGCUGUGUGCACCAUCAGGGAACAGCAGCUCAGCAUUCAAGCUCUCUAGGASUCCGAGAUGUGGAUCUUUCUGGAAAGGGUUCACAGGCAGCCCCGUGCCUGCUGAAGGCCCAGCAAACAGGGAUGGUUGCCUGAGCCCAAGGGAUGAACUGUUAACUSUAAAUGUCCAAUCCCUGAAAGAGUUGUCCAGCAAGGAGGCUGAAUCUCUCCUUCCCCCAACGACACGGCUGGUGAACAUCAUGAUGGCCAACAAAGUAAGCAUGAACAACUGUGGGGUGAUUGGACAUUUGCUUGCAAUUUCGAGGCCUUCUAGAUCUCUAAGCACAGCACAACUGGUGCACACAUCCUGUGGCUCACAGGCYUCAGUAAUUUCAAACAUUGUACUGAUGAAAGGACAAGGGAAGGGUUUGGGCUUCAGUAUUGUUGGUGGUAAAGACAGCAUUUAUGGACCAAUAGGCAUCUAUGUCAAAACCAUCUUUCCUGGUGGAGCAGCUGCUGCUGAUGGAAGGCUACAAGAAGGCGAUGAAAUCCUGGAACUGAAUGGGGARUCCAUGCAUGGAUUAACACAUUAUGAUGCUUUACAGAAGUUCAAGGCCAAAAAGGGUCUUCUGACACUUACAGUCAGGACAAGCUUCAGCACACCUCAUUCUGCUUCCAGCUGUCAGUCACCCCUCUUGUGUCAGUCACAGAGCCCCAGUGCAUGCAUAACCAAAGAAAACAGCUCUUUCAGUUCAGAAAAUGCAGCGUUCUCGUUAAAUCCUACAAAGCCCAAUGACAGGGUCAUAAUGGAAGUUACCCUAAACAAAGAGCCGGGUGUUGGCCUUGGAAUUGGRUUAUGUAGCAUCCCUUACUCCCAGUGUAUUUCAGGGAUUUUUAUUCACACCCUCUCACCMGGCUCAGUGGCACACAUGGAUGGGAGACUCAGGUGUGGAGAUGAAAUUCUUGAAAUUAAUGAAACUUCAGUGCAAAACACAACCCUCAAUGAAGUUUACGCUGUGCUAAGCCAUUGUGAUCCUGGGGCAGUACAAAUCAUUAUCAGCAGACACCCUGAACCACAGGURUCUGAGCAACAGCUAAAAGAAGCUGUUGCACAAGUUGUGGAAAGCAACAGAUUUGGAAAGGAGAGACACCAAUGGAGUAUUGAAGGUGUCAAGAGGCUGGAAAUGAGCUGGCAUGGAAGGCACCCGUGUGAGAGGCACAUGGACAGGAGUGUGGGUUCCUGCAGCCGCCGGGCGCUGCGGCUCAUGACCCGCUCCAGCAGCGACAGCAGCUGCACCCCCAGAGCCUCCUGUGCCWCUGCUGUGCACCAGCUCACCCACCUGAAAACAAGAGUGCACAGUGUGGAUGUGCCAAUCACCAGACARCCUGGCCUGCUGUGCUCGUUCUCUGCCAGUAAUUCAGAGAGAAAUUCCCCCCCGACCUGUAGUGAAGGAGGUCGACCCUUGCAAAGCACUAAGAAGUCAUCAGAGAUUCUYGUUAGAAAACCAAAAUCAUCAAAGCCCAAACCUCCACCGAGGAAAUACUUCAAGCAGGACUGUACAUUUGAUGAUCAGGGUAAUGCAGACAGCAAAGAAAAGCUUGCAUCAGAAAUGGCUCCAUCACCUUCUGUAAGUGUUCAGCAGGAAGUUGGAGAACCAAUGCUAGAGGGACAUCAAACUGAUGUAACCCACGGGGCCGUUACCACUUCUCCUCCAGCACAUGAUAAGGAACACACAGCUGCUGUCCCAGUGGGCAGAGAUCAAGAAAGAAAAGAAAAAUUAGGGACUUCACUUUCAUCAAUACAAAGGCCUGUACUUAAAAGACAAGCACGGGUAGAUUACAGUCUUGACACAACAGAAGACCCCUGGGUUAAAAUUUCUGACUGCAUCAAAAGCUUAUUUAAUCCUAUCAUGAGUGAAAACAACGUCCACUUAGAUCUGCAACCUGGCAUCGCAAAAAACAAAGAGAAUCAAAAUCGAAGCAGCUCAGAGACCAUUCUGAAGAAAUCAGAAUCGGAAUUAGUCGGUUCAAAAGUGCUAAAAUCAGAUGAAAAUGACAGUGUGAAAAAGGGCCCUCCUGUUGCACCUAAGCCCACCUGGUUCCGCCAAAGUUUGAAAGGAUUUAGGAAAGCAAAUUCAGAUCUAAAACCUCAGGCAGAUCAAACUCCCAACCAGGAUAGUACUUCAAGCAAAAAACUGCAAUCCAGCUUAUCACGUCUGUCUCCUGGAGGAUCAUCAAUAAAACAAAGAAUWAGCUCAUUUGAAUCCUUGAGUGCUCCACAGUCACCUGAAAAAACCCCCCGAAGGUUGAGCCUGAAACCAUCGGUGCAGAAAGAGCCUUCUCCCGCUGCAGCAGGGGCAGAAGCAGCUCCAGCCUGUUCAAACCAACACGGUGAAAAGAGCCACCAACAGCCACCUGUGGCCAUGGGGACAAARAGUCUGGACAGAUCUUCCUCUCGCAGGCAGGACAUUGCAACCAGCUCAGAGAGAAGCAGCAAUGCCAGCACUGAAAAUUCAUCAAAUCUCUUAUCUACGGGAGCCAUUGCAAACUCCCACCUUGUGUCAGUGGCAAAAGCACACAGCCUAAGGUCACGAAGCUUCCCACUUACUGCUGCCCAGGCUUGUGAGAUAAUGAAGCCAUAUGAUGAGAAAUGCAGCAAAAUCUAUUCCAUCAGCAGCCAGGUGUCAUCUGCUUUAAUGAAAUCAUUGCUUUGCCUUCCUCAAUCUCCAGCCUCUUCUGGAAACAGUGCGUGGGAGGCUCUGGACACAGUGUCUCAGUCCUCCAUGGAGGAUGAUGGCACUUCCAUCUCASCUGCAAGUGAGAAUCAUCACCUGGACACUGGGUUCUCCCUAAACCUCUCUGAGCUGAGAGAAUACACGGUGAGCCUGGCAGACAAAGGCAAGGAGGAAGACAAGCAGGAACACAGCUCACCUCAAGCAUCCGGAGUGUCAGGGCAGUCAGUCAUCUCUCUGCUUUCCCCUGAGGAGCUGGCAAAGCUCAUAGAGGAAGUCAAAGCCCUAGAUGAAGAAACAUUAAAGGAAUUUGAUGAUAUUCAUGUUACAGUUUUGCAUAAAGAAGAGGAUACUGGGCUUGGAUUCAGCCUGGCAGGGGGCAUUGACCUAGAAAACAAAGUGGUGACAGUUCACAAAGUAUUUCCCMAUGGCCUGGCCUAUCAGGAAGGAACUAUCCAGAAAGGAGAUGAAGUCCUGUCCAUUAAUGGGAAGUCUCUCAAAGGUGCAACUCACAGUGAUGCCUCAGCCAUCAUGCGACAGGCUCGACAACCCAGACAAGCUGUUGUUGUCACCAGAAAACCUAAAGAAGGAGAAAAAAAUCUCUAUGUUUCAAUCAGCUCUAGUACAUCUUCAGUAGCAAGUGAUGCCUCACAAGAGUCUGCAACUGGAGAUACAAUCUGCACUGUAACUCUAGAAAAAACACCUGCYGGUUUAGGAUUCAGUCUGGAAGGAGGGAAAGGCUCUAUUCAGGGAGACAAACCCAUCAUCAUCAACAGGAUAUUUAAAGGGACUGCCCUGGAGCAGAGCAGCCCUGUCCAGCCUGGUGAUGAGCUGUUACAAGUGCACACAACUGCCAUGCAAGGACUCACUCGUUUUGAGGCAUGGAAUGUAAUCAAGGCAUUACCUGAUGGGCCCAUCACAGCCAUCAUCAAGAGGAAGAACCGCAGCUCUCUUACCACCAAGUCAUCUGAAACUUUGUAARAAGAGGGAUUAAACUACUGCCAAUAUUCAAACAAAGGAUUUUAUUACCUGCAGGCACUUGGCUGGCGCAGCAAGAUACUCAGAAAGCACCCACGAAGAGUAUACAGGAUCUUACUGCCAGUUACAGAGAAAUCUGUCUGGGAUGGRCUAAAAUGUGCAGGAUUCUUAUUUCAGCAUUCAGAAACAGAUGUUACAAAGUGUAUAAUUAUAAAGAAUGACUUUGUUAAUAAUAUACUGGUUGUAAUAAAAUAUGUGACAACUAUAGCAUUCUCCUAUUUUAAGCCAUUAAGUUAACAAGUAUCAGAAGCACAUCCUGGGCUAAAUUUUCAGGGCUACUCUCCAAGUCCUGYUCCCUCCCUUACCUUCCCAGGAACAAGAAACAUGUCAACGAGCCUACGACUAAACACUAACUUUGGGAAAGUGUAUGGCAGAGAAACCAGUUUUGUGUGUCAGAACACUCCCUAGAAAAUUCCAGCUUUUCUAUUAAAAACACAGAGCCUGUAAAGGGAACUCUCUACUAGCAGCUGACAGAGCCAUCUCAACGCAGCAAACAGGGUGRAAAGGAGUUCUCACGGCAUUCCAAGGGGGAAUGGUUUUUCUAACCUUCCUCAGGCCAGAGGUGCCAAGAGGAGUACAGAAYAACAAGGCCAUUCAGAACCAAAUCUUAACCUUCUAACCACACUUUCGUUUUUUUUUUAAAGUCUGUAUUAAUUUUGCAAGGCAAGUUCCAGUGAGAGUAUUUGUGAAUCCAAGUACUUCUGAACUGUUUAUUCCAGAAAUGCUAAAUAACUUGGGAGACAAAUCUGUGCUUCAAACGCUGCUUCCUACGUGCACUGCAAGGAAUUGUACCAGCAGAAGAACGAGUAUCCAUAGCAAGAUGGAUUCAUGCACCCACUUGGUCUUAUCCAAUCUGCUUCAUUAAAGGGAGAGAUGAACAGCAGGAAGGAAUAGUGACUCAGCAGAGAGCCAGAUGGCUGCACUGGUUAUUGUCCUUGGCUGUUCCCUUGUGCCCUUCUUCGGUUACUUCAUUUCACCAGGAAGAAAUUAAAGAGUUCAGGAGCUAUUUUCCACACACUUAACACAAUGUCUCAAAAACAGCCGUUAAGAGAAAGGGAAGUAGGAGAGGCAGGAGAAGGUAUUAAUUAAAUCCAGGCAUUGAACUUGCUGUGGCCUUUUCUYAUAAAACAACUGUAAAUUAAUCCUUGAAAGAACAUUCUUGACCCCAGUUGAGCCAUCUUUCCCAAAAACUAACCUCUGUCCAAAACCAAAACUUUUAUUAGUUAGGUAGCAUUCAAAGUAGGAGAAAAAUGUGAGAACCCCUCUUGCCUAGGUAGGAGACAUUAUGCCAAGGAAAGCUUUUUCUGUCUCAUUGUCUUAAAUUCAGAUGCUGGAGGUCUAAGCAGCUCUUCAGCUUCUUUGCUGGAAGAACAGGUAUAGGAAGAACCAUUUCAAAGGAUGAUUCAGGAAAAACAGUAAUAUGUAGCAGAAAAAAAAAUAUUUAUUUCACCAAACUCACACAGGUUUUAUAUCUUUGUAUACAAAGRAGACUAGACUAAAAACUGUUUCCUGGAAAAAACUAUUCCAGAGGUUGAGGUUUACAAUGGGAAACUUAAUGUGCAAGUCCAUGCCCUAUACCACAUAUAAAAAAYAUACAGAGACAGAAAGCAGAGCAUAUUAACCUCGUUAAAUAAUCGAGUUACCACAUUAAAACCACAACCUGCAUUUAACUUCCUAAUUCAGCAAUUAUUUUCACUUUUGUAAUUUUAUGCAAUCCAUAGUAUUGUCUGACAUUCCUGCAGCAACCAGCACCAUAGACAUCCC